AUGCGUCUUUUGCUCGUAUCGCUGCCAUUUCUGCUUGGCUUCAUCGUGCUACAGGUGUACGCAAAUGUGGUCAAGAUUGCACAUUUGCAACCCAAUGAUCCGAACAUCAUGCACGAGCCGCACGUGCUCAAGAUGUGUGCGUCUGAUCUGAAGGAGAGGGCGAUCUUGCCUAAAGAUAUCAACUUUCAGUGAGUUAUGACGAUUUAUAUUGAUGCUUUGGAGAUUACGGUAAAAAAAUGUAUACUAAUGCUUUUUGUUAUAGGAUCUACACCAUGGAGUCGUGUAAUCGGUUUUCUGGUGUUGAACAUGCAGCGUACCUACAUUACCUGAAGAAUGCUAGUGUCUACUUUGGACCUGGAUGUAACAAUGGUAAGCUUAAUGCUAUUUUAUGUAUUUUCUGACAUCUAAACUUAUGUAUUAAAUUCUUAAAAGUCGAAAAAUGAUACUGUAGUUUAAUUUUUCGUAACAUCUAUUUAUAAAAUUACCGUAACCCACUUUUCAGAAAUGUUGGUAAUUGCCCGUCUUGCUUCACGGUGGAACGUACCAAUUGUAGCCCACUUGUCUGGUGACGACGCACUGUCCGACCGGUCGGUAUUUGAUACUCUUGGCUCCGUAGCCUUGACGUCAGCUACUGAAAUGGCUCGUGCUACAUUGACGUAUCUUCAGUUGUAUGGGUGGAAACAAGUUGGUCUAGUUAAAGCUAGUGUCAACUUUGACAGAUUGAGUUUACAUUCGCUGAAGAAUCUUUUGAAAGAUCAUGAUAUUGAUGUGAACAUCGAGAUUGAAUUGGAUCCAUUCAUGACUCCAGAUGAAAUCAUUGCUACUGGCAAACUGAAGCAGCUUAGAAACAAGGCUAGAGGUAAAAUACGAUGAAUUUUGCUUUGUCAUCAGAUCAUAUAUGUAAUAAGCUAUUAUAAAAAUAUUUAAAGGGAAAUAUCUAUGAUAAACAACUUGAGAUACCUAAAGUAUUGUUUUAGUGAUUAUCGUGGAAAUGGGUAUGGAUCUGCACACAAGUAGGGCCUUCAUGGUCGCUGCCCAUCGUUCCGGAAUGAAGACCAAUGAUUUCGUGUAUAUUAUCCCGUGGCUUGCUCACGUAAGUCUGAAUUUCAACAUAGACUUAGCACCGUUAAUCACUAAUACUGCAAAACUUACUAGGAUGACGUUUUUAACUUAUCAGAAUUGUGCACAGUAGAGAUUUGAAGUUUUCUUUCAAAAUGUCGAACCAGGAUAUAAAACAGCAUAAUAUGGCGCUAGGACAAAUGCGGUUUUUAGACACUUGAGGAUCUUCGGUUUUUGGACAUUUGCGGAUUUUUUAAAGGGGUUUUUUAAUUUUUUAGUUAAUUUAGUUGUAUUAUGGUACUAAAUUGUACUAAAGUUUGAAUUGGUACGGUUUUAACAUAACAGUACCUUUUUGGGCUUUUAGUACUAUUUAGGACCAAAAAUAUAAAAACAGUACCGAUUAAAAAUUUAGUACUAUUUAACAUUAAGAAAUAUUAAGACAGUGCCAAUUAAAACUUUAGUACCAUUUAGUACCAUACUACAACUAAACUAAAUAAAAAUUAAAAAAACCCCUUUAAAAAAUCCGCAAGUGUCCAAAAACCGCAUUUGUCCUAGCGCCCAUAAUAUCUAUCUUGAUUGUGAAAUCAUAAACAUUUUUCUUAUUACAGUACUCUUAACCCAUUUUAGAUGCACGACCACUACCCAUGGGAAGCCAACAACAUAGACAAGAACGAAGUCAGAUUAGCGUACGACGAAACCAUUGUCAUCACAGCUCAUGGUUAUGAUAAAAAGUUUAUUGAGGACUUUGAGCAUCGUUUCUCCCAAUUGACCGGUAUCAUAAGUAGUCACUAUGCCACUUUGUCGUAUCUCUCUUUGUACGAUGCACUGUUCUUGUAUGGGCUGGCAGUACGAGAUGCGUAUGAUGAAACCAAGAAUGCCUCCAUCUUUUUGGACGGUGGCUUGAUCUGGAAGAAGAUGACAGUACGACAGUUCAUAGGAGUAUCUGGUCAAGUACUCAUGAACAACAAAGGAGUACGAGUGCCGAGUUAUGCCACGUACUAUGUUGUUAAUGGUACGAUGAGGAUUGUGGUUGAAUUGACGGCACGAUUGAUGGACAAAGCUAAAUGUGCCAUAGCUGAGAACGAUUGUUCCGAGCACGUAGCUCACGAGGUCAUGCCUCAUUACUGGAGCACGUACGAUGGAGUUAUGCCUCCAGAGAUGCCAAAGUGUGGAUUCGAUGGAGGUCUAUGUGAUUACACGCCGUUCUUUGCUGGAGCUGGUGCUGUCGUGUUCUUGGCCGUCGCUAUACCUCUGGGUUACUUUAUCUACAUCAAAGAGUAAGUGGUCUAUAUUUACCUACAUUAAUACCUAAAUGACAGGUUUUUUAAAAAAGGCACUGUAUAUAUUGUAAAAUAUCCAUAAUACAUUAAUGUAACCACAAACGACUAUAAAUCUUGAUUUCAGGAAAGAACGUAUGUUAUACGACAUGACAUGGCGUAUCCCGAGAGAACAAGUCCGCCUUCUGGAGCACGGUACCAAUUCCAGAAGUGAGAGCUCUAUUGGCAAAUCAGUAACCAGUGGUUCUGUCAGUGGUUCUAUAGGUUCUAGAGCCAAUUCGAGGUUAAGUGCUAAACAGGCCGUGGCCAAUGGAGUACGAUGUGCUUACAAGAGAUACCAACAAACUCGCAACAUCAACUUCCCCAAGGCUGAUUUGUCUCGUCUGAAGGAGCUGAAGCUGAUUGAAAACGAGAAUCUGAACAAAUUUUAUGGAAUCUGCUUCAAUCAACAGAAUGAGUUUGUGGUACUCUGGGUUUUGUGUCAACGGGGAAGCUUGGAGGUAAGGUUUGGGUUAUAUAGAGGGUUUAUAUGGAUGUUCUAAAGGGUUUCAUGACAUUAUAAAACAUUUUUAUAUAGAUUAUGUAAUAUUAGGUUAGCCCAAAGUAGUAGGACGUAAUAGAUUAUAUAAAUUCUGAUGUUUCAGGACGUUUUAUUCAACGAAGAACUCAAAAUCAGUCGAAAUUUCCAAGUUUCCUUUGCCAAAGAUGUUGUUAAGGUAAGUAAAUCAAUAGUUUAUUUAAAACUCCAUAUGAAAUAACUUUCCCCUUUUUCUUACCGACCUUAAACACGAUGUAAAAUAGCCUCAAAGACAAUAUAACACCUCAUUAUAAGUCUAGAAAACCAUAUAAAACACCUCGUUUUAGGGUCUUGGCUUCAUUCACACCUCUCUAAUCAAAUACCACGGCUUCCUGUGCCUCCAGAAUUGUUUGGUCGAUUCAAAUUGGAAUGUCAAACUGACAAACUUUGUAACGGAAGAAGUAAUUGCUGAUAAACUUCGCCAUAACGAGCUGAAGUACUUCACGAUAAAGCCUCCGGUGUCGAAGAAGAAGAAGGGAAAGAAGGAGAAGGAAGUGGUGGAGAAGGGCAGUGACGAGAGUGAGAAUGAGGCUACAGAUGAGAGCGACAACAUUCUGGAACAACAACAACGCAGUAUGUUGGAGAAGAGCGACAAGAACGCUACUAAAAGUGGGUUUUAAGGUUUAGAUGGAAAAGAAUAAAAAAUUUGGAAAUAGUUUUGUCUUAACACGAAAACAUGACUAUUAAGGAAAAUUCAAGAGGUGACCUUACCUUUUUUGGUACUUUCAUAUGAUAUAUGAUCAUGUUUAAUAUAAUGAUUUCAGAAUACAUUCAACAAGCUCCAGAGAUCAUUAGGGAACUUAUUACCACCAAAUACCUGCCGCCUGGCUCACAAUCCGCUGAUAUGUACAGUUUGGGUAUGGUACUAUACCAAGUCUUGUUCAAAUUGGAGCCUUUCCACGAAAAGAACUUGAGUCCUAACAGUAAGUCGCUUACUAUAUAACAAUAUACGUUAAUCCGUUCAUUUUUUGUUAAAUUUUUAAAACUGUAUGGUACAGCACGAGUACUAUACUAAAAGAGCAAGUCAUAGUUAAAAGCUUUUUGCACAAUCAUACGACUGUUAUUCUCAAAAUGACAAUUCCAGAGUUAAUGGAGAUGAUAGCAAUGGCCAACGAUGACGAUCAAAUUCUUCGCCCGUCGUUCCCCAACCAACAGAAUCUGAGCACUGAUGAAGCUUACAACCUGCAGUUACUGUCAGCCAUCGAAGCUUGUUGGCUGGAGAUCCCUGAGAUGAGGCCAAACAUCAAGAGAAUGAAGUCCAUGGUCAACAGUAACCUCAAAUCCACCGCCAGCGGCACACUGGUCGAUCAGAUGAUGAAAAUGAUGGAGGAUGUAAGUCUUUGAUUAACCAUUUCAUACCUAUGAUGUAGCCUCUUACAUAUACUUUUUAGUCUAGUCGAUAAGUACUAUUAUAUGUUAUGAAAAAUAAUAUGUUACAGUAUACCACAAACUUGGAACAACUUGUAAAAGACCGAACAGCCAUGUUGGAAGAUGCGCAACAACAAGCUGACCGACUAUUGAAGAACAUGUUGCCACCGUAAGUUUUGUGAAAUUGUUUUACCUGAAUUAUAAGAGCCUUUCAGCAUACGGUAUUUUGAAGUAUUUUUACCAAAAUUUUAAAGUUUUUUUGGUCUCAAAACAAUUCCUUCGACACAAGUGUUUAAAAUAUUGUUUUAGAUCGAUAGCCGAAGACCUGAAAGUAGGUAAGCCGGUGAUUCCUCAACUGUAUCAGAACUCUACCGUGUUAUUCUCUGACAUCAGAGGAUUCACCAGAAUCUCGUCGACGUCGACGCCACUUCAGAUUGUCACAUUCUUGAAUGACAUGUUCUCUGGCUUCGAUGCCAUUAUUGCUAAACACGAUGCCUACAAGGUCGAGACUGUGAGUUAUUUUAAUUUGACAUAUAUUGUUUUAGAUCGGAGAUGCCUACAUGAUCGUAUCUGGAGUACCAAAAGAGAACGGUAAUGCUCAUGUCUACCAUAUUGCCGAAAUCGCGUUGAAAAUGAGAACGGUAAGUAUAGUUUUUGAAAACGUAUAGUGUGAAGUAACCUUCGAAUACUAUGUCUUUAUAAUACAUCUUAUAAAACCACGUUUUGAUACAAUCUUGUUUUAGUUUGUGUCCAACUUCAAAUUGGCCCACAAACCAGAAGAGGUGAUGAUGGUCAGAAUCGGUUUCCACAGUGGGUCUGUAGCCGCUGGAGUAGUUGGAUUGGCAGCGCCACGGUACUGUCUAUUCGGUGAUACUGUAAAUAUGGCUAGUCGAAUGGAGUCCACUGGCCUGGCCAACAAGAUCCAGACGAGUGAAGCAUCAUUCAAUCUGCUACGCUGCUUCUACCAGAAUUAUCUACUGGUCGAGAGAGGCAAAGUCGAAGUUAAAGUAAGGUAUUACUCUAAUAAUUUGGUUUUUUUGUGUUUGGUCCAAAAGUUUAUAGAAUCUCUUUAAAGUUUUGACAAUGCUUUUCUAUUGCCAGCUACUUUUUGACCAAUGAUAUUGCAAUACUGAUUUCAAUUAUUAAAUAUUUUUUCAGGGCAAGGGCGAGUGUACCACUUGGUUCCUGGAAGGAAAGAAGAAGUAG